AUGGAGCCGUUGUACUAUACAAAUGCUCAUAAUGAUUACUUCAAGUCGAUCUCCAAGAGAUCUAAAUCUCAAAAGGAAAAGGACAGGAAAAAUCGGAGCUCUAUCACCAGCUUUUCACUUCCUCCUCAAAUGAAUCAGACGAACCAGAUGCUUCAAAGCAGCCAAGUAAGCCAAUUGAAUUCAUUGGCUCAAAUAAAAGAGACCCCGGACAGUUUCCAAUAUAAAACUCAUUACAAAAAGUUUUCUAAUCUCUCUGCUAGUGCUCCAAAGGGGGGAAACGGAUUCAUUAGUUCACCAACUUCUUCUUCCACUCCAAUAUCAAUUUCAACCAGCCCAUCAUCCAAAAUUCCUACAAUAAUCUUAGUUGCGGCUCAAGAUUACCAAGCCAGAAAUAAGAAUGAGAUCUCAGUCUAUUCCAAGGAGCAUUUGAAGUUGAUGUCAAGAAAAGGAAAUGGCUUAAUCUUGGUAAAGAAUAUUAGUCGAAUAGGUAUGCCAGGUUUGAUUCCAACAUCAUUGGUAAAAAUUGUGGAUUUGGAUAACAGGGUUGGGAAUGGCCCAAGACAAAAAUAUGAUAUGAAUUGGUUGAAUACUCCAGAUACUGUGAGUCAGUAUGAAAAAAACAAUUACGGAUAUUCCACGGAAAUAGGAUCUCCUCAACCAUAUACGUCCUUUUCGGCUCCUGAUACUACUCCAACAAGAUCAGGAUCUUUGUCGAUUAGCAAACCAACGCCAAUAAAUUACCAAAAGCACAAUGCUUCGACUCCAGAGCAAAACUACAGCUAUGAUGGCAAAGGCCAGUACAGCAAGGAGUCUGCAGAAACAGUCAAUUCAUUUGAUAAGGAUCUUAGAAGAGUGAAUUCUAACUCUACUAUUGGCUCGACUGUUUCUUCAAUACAUUCGUUCAAUUUGAAACAAUCGUUAUCAAAUUGCAGCAGUCCUGCCCUUAGUGAUGAUGAAGGCCUUGAAAAUGACAUCAAUCCUUACCUAGAGGAAGAUCAAGAUGAUGAUUAUGAUGGAGAUUUAACGGGAUUUUAUCAGGAACAUAGUGAUUCCAACUAUUCUAACAUUCUAUUAGAAAUAGAUAGUGUUUGCGUAUCUAACGUUUAUAAUGCUAAUGGCCGGUACUGGUAUAAAGUUGAAAUUUUUUUCAAGAAUGGCAACAAAAGAUUCUUACGGCGUUACUACCAAGACUUCCAUGAUUUACAUACGUGUAUCGCGAAUUACAUUAAUAAUGCAGAGAACUACAUGGAUAAUGAUCUUCAUUUGAUGCCAAAAAUGCCAGGUCCAAUUCCUAGACCUGACCCAAAUAACCCUUCGAAAAAUUUGCUACAGAGAUGCCACGAUUUAAAUAUCUAUUUCCACCAAUUAUAUCUCAAGUUGGUAAAUGACGGCUACAAUAAUGAAGUUUUUGAGGGAUGGGUUCAUCCAAGAUUUGGUGAUUAUGAUAUGAAUGGUGAUGACCCAGCUGCUGCCUCUUUGGAUAACUCUAUUAUUUUUGAGAGGCCAAUUUGUGCCAAUGAUCAAGAAGGCAGCUUGUCUAACGAUGAUCAUGACAAUUUUAGAAUGCAGCAGCAGCAAACAAAAUAUAAUACAGCUUUGGGAUCCCCAAAAAUUGCAGUUCCAAAAUCAGAAUUUUCCUCUUUUAAUGGCGGAGAAGGUCAAAUGGAUGAUUAUUAUCAUAAUAAUAAUAAUAAAAACAGUCUAUAUACUCAUAGUAAUACUAGUGCUAAUAGUAUGAAUGUUCCUCAACAAUCUGUUAGACAACAUAAUAGACCCCCAAUUUCGGCUGCCUCAUCACCAAAAAUAAAACAGCAAGUUAUUAAUAAGAACUUGCCACCAAUUCCAAUGGGCGACUCUUUAGCUCCUCCAACACCUGUUUCGAUAAAAAGAACUCACCCAACUCCAAUAUCUACCAAAAAUAAACAACAAUUCAACCAAUUGAAAUAUUCUCCUUUUAGUCAAAGUGAAGAGGAUGAUGAGGAGAAAGAAUAUUCAAAGUUUUACAAAUCUAAUAAUGAUAUCAUGCAAGAAAUUGAGAGUGAAUUGAGUAUCGGAAAUGUCAGUAUCAUCGACAAUUCCCAAGCUUUAUCUUUCAAAGCUUCUUCAAACCCAUCACAAGCCCUUAAUCUUGCCAUCACUGUUUCUACGCCUACUUCAUCUACAUUUUCUUCUUCAGAGAAUUCGACUGAAAGCACCAACGCUGAUGCACUGUUAAGCUUCUCUCAACACCAAAUUUCAGGCCCACAAAUCCGAGUCAAGGUGUUCUAUAAUGAUGGUGAAGAUAUAUUUAUUACAAAGGUCCCUGUGUCACUUAAUUUGUACCAAUUGAAGAAUAAAAUUUUUGUCCGUAUUAAGGCUGAUUUUGAAAAGAGAAGCCCUGCUCUUAACAGAAAGCUAGUUUCCGAUAAAAACAUGUUCUUGUUCAAUAAGGAUUCCAAUGGAGUGUAUAGUGCUAUUAAAGAUGAUAUUGGAUUAAGAAACGUUAUUAGAGUGUCAAAAGGUAAAAUCUCUGUCAGAGUUGAAUUAGAUUGA